AUGGAUGCCUUCGUGCGCAGAACUGCGCCGUCGCGGCCGCGAGAACCCCUGGCUGAUAUUUCAAACGCCGGCGAUGCAGCCACGAGCUCUUCUCGGCGACCUUCGAAGAGGCUGAGGGUAGAUGACGCUCAAGAAGAGGGAUUCAAUCAAGAAUCUGAAGAUGCACACUUUGACGACCUCGACGACAAAUCUUCUGAAGCUUCAUAUGACGAAUCGACCGGAUUUCAUCACCAUGGAACGGCUCUCGAGAGCGCUUUACCGCCAGUCACGACGGAUGAGGGGGCUAUCGAGGAGUACGAGGCCAUGAGAGCCUCUCAAGUGAGCACAGAAGAAAAGGAUGGUCAGGCUCUCUCAGACACGGAUCGGAGGACAUGGGUGCGAGGAAAGAACUCCAUCUAUGUCGACGCCUUCAAUCUUGCAUUGGACACUGUGCUGGAGGAAGAAUCCCAUCUUUAUGAUAAGAAGGAAAUGGUCGUGUUUCAGCAGUGGCGGGACCUCGACUACCAGGCGCAAUACCUCUAUGUUCGUCUCUUUUUGCGGAAGGCUGCUGCCUGGCACCGUCAGGAUCGUUUGGGAUACUAUAGCGAUGUCUCUAAUCCAGAGGCUGCCAUCAUGGCACUGCAGACACCUCGCCGCCUACCAGACAAGACAUUGGCAGCUGCUGCGGUUGGCCAAGACGGCGUAGAUGCAAUCGCUCUGCAGGACUGGUCUCUUGGCGACGCCUUCACCUUUGUGGACCGUUCAGAGGACUCCAUUACCUCCGUUGGUGAGGCUGCCUCGCUGCUGAGUCUGGAUGAGCUGAAGGGGCUUGCCAAGGAGGCCAAGGUGCAGGGCAAGAACAAGGCUGACAUCCUCAAAAGGCUGCUCCGCGUGUCUUCACAACAGAGCGGUCUGUUGGCUGUGGGCUUUAGGCGAGAAAGCACCAGCGGAUCUGCCGACUCGCGUGAACGUGAUGAUGGCAGCGAACCGCAAGAUACAGACCGCAGGCUGGACGCAAAUCGCAACCAGCACUUUCUUGCCAAGAUCCUGGCCAUCACAGGGCCCUGCAUCCGAAUAUCACCAUCGGUAUUCAAGCUCUUUGAGCGUGUCCAUCUUGUCUUCUACCGGUCAACAGAAUGGACUGAAAAGUCUCUGACAGCCAUCAUCUUGUCCAAAAUCUCAAGAUGGAACUUUCCGCCGUACAUUGUGGAUAGAACAACCAAUAUCUUCCCGGACAGGCAAGCUCUUUUGGAGUUUGAGCAUGCCAUGAGGCUGGAGUUCGAGAUCGAUCAGAUCCUCGAAUUCAACGGUCCACCUGGCGAGGAAGGCUACCGGCGCGUGUUAGAGAUUUUCGGCGGCAUAAGCGACCGCUGGCAGAAGCUCUUGGAGGAGGAGCGCCGCAAAGAAGAUCAGGUUUACGAGUUUGGCGAGGGAGGAUACCUGCGUCGCUUCAACGCCGCCCACGCCUACACCAGGAUAGCGCACAAGGCAGCUUAUGUUUACAGCCGUCUCCACGAGUAUCUGAAGGAACACAGUCUCCUCACUGCAUGCCUGUCUCAGCGCCUCUUCCAGAUGGCUCGGCGUGGGUCAUGGUACCAGCGCAAGGCCCUCCUCGAAGAGCACUACAUGUUCGAGGCAGAUCCCGACCCCAGGUUCGCAGAUCCCGAACAGCAGAAGAAGCACUGGCGCCGCGUAGCUGUCGCAACAUGCGAAACGGCGCUUGAAGAUCGAGACUGUCACCUCAUUUACCACUACGAUCUACAGAAGCGCCUCAACAAACUCGAGAAGCGCCUGCGCAUCCCCAAACGCCUGCAGCACGAUUUCGGUCAUGUCCGACUUCAGAAGCCCGAAGAGCACUCUGUGACCGGGAUCCAGAUCAAACGUGAUGAUCCGCUAGCGGGCAAGCGUGGCGGGACAUCUACCAAGACGGUGUGGGUAGAUGAUGCUGAGGGCGGCGGCGAGUGUAGUGUCGAAGCCAUGUGUCUUUCUCACUAUCGCAGUCAGGGCUGGAAAGGCUAUCAUUCGGAGGGCGGUAUCCUACGGACCUUGUUCGCCUAUCUCUUCUACGAUAUCCUCUUUCUCUACAUUCCUAAUGUGUUCCAGACGGCCUAUCAGACCUGCCCGUUAGAUUUGCAUACUGAUGCCUUUUAUCCCACGCGAGCAAGUGAGAUAAAUCACCGCCUCGUUUCAAUCGCUAACGGCGAUGCACCCCGCAUCAUUCGCGAGGUGGAUGCCGCACAUAGGGAACGGAGAACAUGCAUCAUUGGUCUGAAUUGGGACUAUGAGCUGGAAGACCUUGUGGAGCUUGCCGGCUGUUUCCGCGGUGAGGCGCUCGCCACCAUCUGCAAGGUCAUGGCGCAAGAAUACCGCCAGCGCGGUGGCGGGGUGCCGGACUUGGUGCUCUGGCGAACGGAACCUAAGCCAGAGUGUAUGUUUGGCGAGGUCAAGAGCGCAAACGAUCGACUUAGCGACACGCAGAGGUUGUGGAUUCAUGUCCUGACAGGCGCAGGCGUCAGGGUGGCGCUUGUCAAUGCUAUCGCGGGAGAGGUCAAGAUUGUAUGA